CUUUGACAAAAGCGAAGAAGGCGAAAACCGGAAGUUACGCGAGCUGCUGUCAUGGCGCAUCACAUGUAAUUCACUGCGCUCCAGACAUUUGAUGCAACACAGUAAGAAGUGGUGUGAAGGUUGAUAUAAGUUGACUGUCUCUCCUGGACCAAAACAAUGAGCACUCAAUACAGCAUCCUAUUCAAGCAGGAGCAUGCACACGAUGACGCCAUCUGGACGGCAGCCUGGGGUAAAAGUGAGGCGGAUGGGUCUGAAACCAUUGUCACUGGCUCACUAGAUGAUAUGGUGAAAGUGUGGAAAUGGUCAGACGAGAAGCUGGAGCUGCAGUGGAGUCUGGAGGGACACCAACUGGGUGUGGUGUCAGUGGACAUCAGCCACAAUGGAGCCAUCGCUGCCUCGAGCUCCCUCGACGCUCACAUCCGUCUCUGGGACCUAGAGUCUGGGAAACAGAUCAAGUCCAUGGAUGCUGGGCCAGUUGAUGCAUGGUCGGUGGCCUUCUCCCCAGACUCCAAAUACAUCGCCACAGGAAGCCAUCAUGGCAAGGUCAACAUCUUUGGUGUGGAAAGUGGCAAGAAGGAAUAUUCUCUGGACACUCGAGGGAAAUUCAUCCUGAGUAUAGCUUACAGUCCUGAUGGAAAAUAUUUGGCAAGUGGAGCCAUUGAUGGAAUCAUCAACAUCUUUGACAUUGCCACUGGAAAACUACUCCACACACUGGAAGGUCACGCCAUGCCCAUCAGAUCUCUCACCUUCUCCCCUGACUCCCAGCUACUGGUCACUGCCUCAGACGACGGCUACAUUAAGAUAUACGACGUGCAACAUGCCAACCUGGCAGGUACACUGAGUGGACAUGGAUCAUGGGUUCUUAAUGUUGCGUUCUCCCCAGAUGACACACACUUUGUCUCAAGUUCGUCUGACAAGAGCGUCAAGGUUUGGGACGCGAGCUCCAGAGCGUGUAUCAACACCUUCUUCGACCAUCAAGAUCAGGUAUGGAGUGUAAAGUACAACAGCACUGGCUCCAAGAUCAUCUCAGCUGGAGACGACCGUGCCAUCCACAUCUACGACUGUCCCAUGUGAUGAGGGACGUCCUGUACAGGCUGCAUGAAGAUUGAGCUGUUUACUCAAAUCAUUGAGUAAACAGUAAAUCAACUCGGGGAGGGAGGGACUGUAAAUGUCAUGGUUUAUUUUGCACUGGCCAGGUAUGGUCAAAUAAAGGGUUGUUUUUGUA